UCCAUUAGGAAGAGUACUGCUCUGUGACCACUGACAGACAUGGAGAGUUUUCACUGAUCUGUUUACAUUUCAGCUGUUUUCCUUUGCGAUACUAACAAACAGGGUGUGAUUUCUACAGGUUAGAAAGCCUGAAUGUUGUAGUAAGUCAUACAGUUUGCUUUAUCAUUUUCACCUCCACAGCUUUACCAUGAACACCUACCUCUUUGUGUAUGACUUAAUGCAAUUCUGUGGACAUUCCUGGAUAUUUACAAAUAUGAUCAUCAGGUUCCUGUCCUUUGGAAAAGAUUCAUUGGCCGACACAUUUUACUCCAUAGGACUUGUAAUGCGCCUUUGCCAGUUGUUAUCUAUGUUGGAAAUCCUACACAUCCUCAUUGGCAUUGAUAAGAGCCAUCUUUUCCCCAGGUUUUUGCAGAUCACUGAGAGAGUAAUUGUUUUAUUUGUCGUGAUCAACAGUCAGGAAGAAGUUCAAGGGAAAUAUGUCGUGUGUGUUUUAUUUUUCCUUUGGAAUUUAUUAGAUGUGGUCAGAUACACUUACAACAUGUUAGCAAGGAUGGGAAUACACUACCUACCACUGACAUGGCUCAAUUUCUCACUGUGCAUCCCACUCUAUCCCCUUUCAGUUCUGGCUAAAGCAUUUGCAAUUUGUAUAUCACUGCCUUAUUUUGAAUCCUUUGGCACAUACUCCAUCGAGCUACCCUGUCCAUUCGCCUUCUCAAUCUACUUCCCUUAUGUUCUGAAAAUGUACCUGCUAGUGCUCUUCAUAGGUAUGUGCUUCAUCAUCCAGAACCUCUUCUCUGAAAGGAAGGCACACCUACAGACAGGCAACAUCAAAAAAAAAAGGAGCUAAAUUUUAUUUCGUUUGGAAAUAAAAAAUAUAUUCCCAGUGGGCUGCUGUAUACCAUAGGUUAAAAAGAAACCAGACAAAGAUUUUCAGCACAAACCUCCUGUUUGCAUGUACAUUAUCUGGCUACGUAGUGUUCAGAAAAGGCAGGUCUCUUUAACACACCUUAAAAUAACUAGUUACUUCUGAAAGUUUUGACUUAAAAUAGCAGUUUUAAAAAAUAAUAUAUUUUUUCUAAUAUGUAUUAGAGAACUCCAAAAAACCUGAAGAGCACCUCUACUCACAAUUGCACUAUCAACCCUUAUUUGGGUGCUAAUUCUUGACUUAUUAGCAAUCGAUAUUCUGUAAUGAAAAUACCAUUUAAUCUACAAGAUUAUUUUAUAUUAGGCCAACAUGUAUGUGCCUCAUAUAUAAAAAUGCUAAACUGGCUAGAACCUCUCAAGGAGCAGAACAUGGAAACUUUGCAACCUAUGAGACUCGUAUGUUGACCAGCCCCAGACAUUCACAAAGGAUCCAUCACAUUCUGACCCAGCCUUCACUUCUUCAAACAAGAUUCCAGAAAAUGCAGCUAAACCACAAAGGCAAGUAAUCAGGUACUCAUCUACCAUAUAUUCAAGGGGGUAUUUAAGAGUCAGAAGUAAAACCUUAUAAUUGUGUGUCUGGUAGACAUUAAGAAUCUCUUUCCCUACAAUUUCUUCCAUGCUAAACAGCAGACAGAUACACAAAAGAAGCAUGAUGUACUUAAACCGAAUAUAUGUUGUUCUUUAAAGGGAAGUGAGUGACUAUCAAAAGCCUGUGCAAAAUUCUAGCCAUUUUACUCAAGUGUGUUGCUCCUCAUACUUCUGUACAACUAUCUGUGAGAAUGCAGCUAGAACACAAUCUCUUUAAAGGUUGGGACUGAAGUAUAUGGACAGCAACCCAGGGGACUGUACAAGUGAAAAUGGACAAAGAACUGCUUAGAGGCUUGCAGGGGCUUUUCUGAUGUUUCAUCCAUACUGGUUAUCACCUCAUUUGAAUUCAAGCAACUGGGGAGAAAAGUGAGGCUAUUUUUCUGAGCUUGACUGAAAACUGGGGAGAGGGUAAAAAAAGAUAAUAGUUGAAGGGAAGACAAUAUUUAAAAAGGAAAAUUAACACUGUCACAAUAUGAAGAGGCUUUUGCCUGUAUGACUUUCUAAACCGUGAAGCCUAAGAGGGUAUGUGGGUACGUAAGGAAAGAGCGAAGCUGGCCUCAAUGGACUAAUUUGUUACAGAAGGUCACCUACUAUAAUUUUUAUGUAUUUAACAUAUGUGGCAGAUUAAUACCUGCAGACUACUGUGACUACUAAAGUAUUUGCAAACAAUAAGCAACAAGCUCAUGCAUGCAGUAGUACAGGGUCAACCCUGGAUUUUAUUUUUUUUUUUGAGAGCAUUGCAAACAGAGGUAGGAAUUUGGAACUUAUUAGAGAAACAGAAGUACUUCCACUUUGGACUUCUGUCUGACCCACAUGGAUUCAACUGUGGAAAAACGUGAAGAAACAUGUAGAGCAGCUGAAUAGGAUGACAGCUCUGAAAAGAGACAGAAUAAGAACACUUCACGUCAAAACACUAGAGGUGAAUCAUAGACAUUUUUCCCCUUGGAAAUUCAAUCUAAUGUGUUUGUCAUUAAACUGCUUGGAGUUAGCAUACCCUGUAGGAGGAAACAUGACUUACGAUAUUUGGUCUACGUGGCAACUCAGGAAGGAGCAGGGAUGGCCUCCGUGAGAAGAAGCCAGUGGCUCUCCCAAGCCAGAAACAGUGUGCUCCAGUCAGCUCCAAAACAGAGCCACCACUGGACACUGCUGAGCCAAACAGCAAAGCUGAUGGCACCUCUGUGAAAACAUUUAAGAAAAGGUAAAAAAAUGCUAUGCAGCAGGCAUGAGAAAAGAGUAAGAAAAAUGUGACAGAAACAGCUCUGCAGACACCAAAAUCAGUGGGGAAUGAGGGAAGGACACUGCAGCAGAUUCCCCUGUGGCCCAUGGAGAAGACCAUGGUGGAGGAGGCUGUCCCUCUGCAGCCCAUGGAGGACCACGCCUGAUAAGAUAUCCGCACUGCAGCCUCUGGAGGACUUCACACUGCAGCAGGUGGAUGUGCCCUGAAGGAAGCUGCAGCCCAUGGAGAGCCCACACAGGAGCAAGUUCCUGGCAGGAACUAUGGCCCCUGAGGGACCCACACCGGAGCAGACUUUUCCAGGUGGACUGUACCCCAUGGAAAGGACCCAGGCUAGAGCAGUUUGUGAAGAGCUGCAGCCUGUGAGAAGGAACCAUGCUGGAGCAGUUCAUGAAGGACUGUAUCCCAGUGGAGAGGGACCCCAUGCUGCAGCAGUGGAACAGCGUGAAGAGGAACACACAGCAGAGAUGAAGGUUUAUGAACUGUCUGCAAUCCUCAUUCUCUAUCCAACCUGCCCUACUUGAGGAGGGAGGAUGCAGAAGAGUCAGGAAUGAAGGAGUGAAGAUGAGCCUAGGAAGAAGGGAAGGGGGGUGGGGGUGGGGGAAGGUGUUUUAAGUUUUGGUUUUGUUUCUUACUAUACUUUCAAUUGGCAAUAAAUUACUCUUCCCCAAGAUGAGUCUGUUUUUGCAAUGGCACCCAGUAAAUGAUCUCAUUGUCUUUAUCUUGACCCAUGAGAUUUCUCAUCCUAUUUUAUCCCUGUCCUGUUAAGGAGAUGAAGGGGAGCAGCUGAAUGGUCAUCAGGCAGUCAGCCAAGGUCAAACCUACCACAGAUACUCACACUAAGCCAUGUUUAUUGCUUUAUGUU